UAAAUUGGAGUGAUUUAUUCUACACAAUGACAUAUGAAUGGAAUUUUUUUUUUUUAACCUUACACUCACCUGUUUCUCGCCUGUAGGUUUUGUUCCCAAAAGGCAGCACUACAUUGCCUGCAGCUUCGCGGAAACAUGCCAGAGAGCAUUUUCUGACUUUUACCGGGAGACAUAUGCAAAUAUUCAACGGGCGUCGGCAGAUUCAUCACUCGCUGUCAACUCCUCGCACCCGCAGUUGGAGGUCCGGAGGCCCACGGUGCCCCUAACCGCCAUUUCAGACCAAUUGGUGUCCUACAAACCCUUAAAAAGCUUCACCCCCAUCCCUAAACCACAUUUGCUGGACGAUGGACACCCCUACAAGUACUACAUGUCAGGCUUCACAGGACAUGUGCCGAAAUCCCGCUUCCUCAUUGGGAAAGGUUACCCCAUGACCACUAACGAGGCCCUUGUCCAGUUCGGAAGGGAGCAGAGUGGCGGCGAAUGCCCGCUGCCAUCCAUUUGUGCAAUCUAUCCAUCAUGCCACAGGGGGGUGGCAUCAUCAUUCACGGGUCACAUACCAGGGUACAAAUUCAUGUACGGGCACACCUUUGGCCAGCUUUCCAAGAAAGCUUUGGAGAAACGUGCCAGCAAGAAACCCCAUCCCCCAAAAUAUUGUGAAGAAAACAGAUUUGAAUAACAAGAUGAGAAAUCUAU